AUGUCGCUUGUAAAAAAUGUUGCUGGUAAAAAUAUUGCAGCAACAUGUCGCUGGUUGCAGCAGCAUGUGUCUGGUAAAAAUGUUGCAGCAACAUGUAGCAACAGCAUAUUGAUAAGAAAAAUGUGGCAGCAACAUGUUGCUGGUGAAAAUGUUGCCUCAACAUCACGUAUUUCAUAUACACAACAACAAAAUAUCAAACCACUAUUACACCAACAGAAGCAACAGCAAAACCAGCCCGCCGCCGACGACAGCAACCAGCCAGCUUCGUCAAUAUGGAAACCGCUUUACCAACAAACACCGCACACCAAAGAUCUCAGUCAUCUGACCACAGAACAUCAACAAAAUCGUCAACUACCACAGCCCGAUCUAGACGAAGAAAACUAUGCGGCCUACACAGAUGACAAUGAAUUGCGACAAAAGCAUUAUUUUAAAGCUCAUUAUGAUUACCCGACUGCCAGACAGCAGCAGAGUAAAUCACAUGAAAAUUCAAAUUCAAAUACUAAUAAUUAUAAUGUUAAUAAUAAUUUAAAUCUAAAUUUAAAACUUAAUAAUAAAAAUAUGGAGGAGGAGGAGAAUGAUGAUGUCGAUGAUGAUGAUGAUGAUCACAAACACAAUUUGGAUCAUGUAAAUAUAGAAAAAUGUGCCAAAAAUUGUAAACAAAACCAAACAAAAUUUCCCAAAGAUUUAACACUAACCACAGAGUCUAAUAAUAAAAAACCACACAAAAAUACCCAAACUAAUAAACACAACAGUAAGAGUAACAACUACUAUACUCCUAUGUCUUCUGCUUCUUUAACAUACAAUGAUGAUGAGGAUCUGGAUGAUGAUAAUGAUAAUGACGACGACGAUGAUGAUGAUGACGACUAA